CACCACCCUCCCCGUUGAAAUCCGCGGCGGAGCGGAUCGGCGUCAGAUCGGAGACCCCCGCGCCGCGCCGAUGUCCGGCCACCUGGGGAGGGCCAUGAGCUUCGGGAUCCCGGACCUGGCCCUCGGCCUGGUGCUCAACUACGUCGACGACCCCUGGGACCGCGACGCCAUCUCGCUCGUCUGCCGCCACUGGAACAGGUUCGACGCGCAGAGCCGCAAGCACGUCACCAUCGCCAUGGCCUACUCCACCACGCCCGCCCGCCUCCUCCGCCGCUUCCCCUGCCUCGAGUCGCUCAAGCUCAAGGCCAAGCCCCGGGCCGCCAUGUUCAACCUCAUCCCCGAGGACUGGGGCGGCUCCGCCACGCCCUGGAUCCGCGAGCUCUCCGCCUCCUUCAGCUGCCUCAAGGUGCUGCACCUCCGGAGGAUGAUCGUCUCCGACGACGACAUCGCCGUGCUCGUCCGCGCCAAGGCGCACAUGCUCGUCUCGCUCAAGCUCGACCGAUGCUCCGGCUUCUCCACGCUCUCCCUCGCCCUCAUCGCACGCUCCUGCAAGAAACUGGAUACAUUACUUCUUGAAGAAAGCACAAUUGCUGAGAAAGAAAAUGAUGAAUGGCUUCGUGAGCUUGCUACCAGCAAUAGUGUCCUUGAGACGCUGAAUUUCUUCUUGACAGAUAUCUACGCAUCCCCUGAAUAUCUUGCCCUCCUUGUGCGCAAUUGCCGAAGGCUGAAAAUUCUGAAGAUUAGCGAGUGUUCCAUGCCUCAACUGAUCGAUUUGUUCCGUACAACAGAAACACUACAAGAAUUUGCUGGGGGUUCCUUUGAGGACUAUCUGGAUCAAGGCGGGCAGAGUGGAAAUUACAAUAACUACUAUUUCCCUCCUUCGAUACAGCGCUUGAGUUUUAACUACAUGGGAACAAAUGAGAUGCAGAUACUAUUUCCAUAUUGCGCUGCACUCAAGAAAUUAGACCUUACGUUUACAUUCCUUACCACAGAGGAUCACUGUCAGUUAGUCCAGCGCUGUCCAAAUCUUGAAGUUCUGGAGGUGAGAGAUGUGAUAGGAGAUCGAGGAUUAGAAGUUGUUGCACAGACCUGCAAGAAAUUACAGAGACUCAGAGUAGAGAGAGGAGAUGAUGACCAAGGAGGUCUUGAGGACGAACAUGGUAGAGUCACACAUGUGGGAUUGAGGGCUGUAGCUGAAGGCUGCCCUGAUUUGCAGUACUGGGCGGUACAUGUGUCUGACAUUACAAAUGCAGCUCUAGAAGCCAUUGGUACGUACAGCAAAAACCUGAACGACUUCCGACUUGUCCUGCUUGAUAGACAACCGCAGAUAACCGAAAUGCCCCUUGACAACGGGGUUCGUGCUUUGCUGAGUGGAUGCACCAAACUCCAGAGGUUUGCAUUUUAUGUGAGACCUGGAGCUCUAUCUGAUGUUGGCCUUUCCUAUGUUGGUGAAUUAAGCAAGACCAUCCGCUACAUGUUGCUCGGAAAUGUUGGGAGUUCUGAUGAUGGACUGCUGGCAUUCGCAAGAGGAUGCCCAAGCUUGCAGAAAUUGGAGCUAAGGAGUUGCUGCUUCAGUGAACGUGCAAUUGCUCUCGCGGCGUUACAGCUGAAGUCACUCAGAUAUCUGUGGGUGCAGGGAUACUUAGCAUCUCCUACUGGUGGUGAGCUCAUGGCAAUGGUACGCCCCUUCUGGAACAUUGAGUUUAUUGCUGCACCAAGUCAAAGCCAGCCAGGCCAGGCACAGAUUCUGGCAUACUACUCUCUGGCUGGGGCUAGAACAGAUUUACCUCCGUCGGUUAUUCCCCUCCAUCCAUCAGUUUGAAUCUAAAAGGUCAACCAGUUUGAAUGUACAUACAUGUUUUUGAUGCCAGACUACUCUCUGGAUAGGGUAUAGGAUGUUUGAAAUGUCCACAAACCUGGAUACUCUAUUACAACAAUGAUAUUCCACGGCACAGGGCCAAUCACAGAACUGAAAGCUCGAGGAUAACAGAUUACUCCGAACUGUCUUCAUGGAUUUACUAUACCAUUUUGACAAAGCUCAGGCACAUUUUUGUAAUAAUGUGACCAUUUUGUACUGUUCUGUGGCAUUUUUCUGUUCUUCAGUUUUGCACCAACUGUAUCAUUGAUCUACGAAUGACCAUGUCAGAUUAGUUGUACCGUCUGUAAUUUGUGCACAAUGUUUUGUAUCACCCAUGAUUAUCUGGGACUUGGGCUGGAACUUAGCUGCCAUUUGUCCCC